UCGAAUUAAAAUAUCUAAUAAUAAUAUGAGUUCUGUUUUUUCCAAAAUUUUAUUUCUAUGAAUAUAUAUUGUUUUUUUACUUUUAUCUGAAUUGGUGUCUUUUCAAACAAGUAAUAUGUUGUUCUAACCUGAUGAAUCCAGUUGGAUUUUCAGAUAACUAGCUUUUCAAUAAUUUGUUUGGAUGUAUCAACAGUGCUUUCAAAUUACUUUAGGGGAGUUGUGGAGAUUGUUGAAUUUCGAAUCUUACACCACUGACUAAUCUUAUACAGCCAUUGAAAAAACAGAGAGCACUGAAUACCUGUUUCAUUACAUUAUGAGAUCUAAGUGGUGCUCAUCCACAAUCCCUUUUGGUAUCGAACUCAGGAUAUUCAGACCUCACAGCGAGCACUCGAUUUCCAGACCACUAAGGGAGCUUACAUGUCUAACUUGAGCUCUUGAGGUUUUAGGUUUUGAUCUGCAAUGGUGUCGUGAAUAUUCACUACUGAGAGGUCUUAUAUUAAGACAAAACAGCUGUCUCAUUUUUCUUGGUUUUUCAGUAGUUGUCAAAUUAAGAUCCAUCCAGGAUAUAAACUAGGAAUACUUUCACGUAUUAUUCUUCGUUUAUCACUUGUGAUAUUUAAAUUGGUAAACGCUUAACUUCGUGAUCUGUCACUUUAACAUCGUUAGAUGUUGAUAAAAGAUUAUUUUAUGUACACUUUACUUGAAUUUUAUACUUCAAUGAAGUGUUUGUUUGAAAUGCUCACAUAGAAUUUUGUUCUCAAAUUUCAGAAGGUUCACUUUUCAUAUCCAAAUAUAUAAACUCCAUACUAAUAUAUUCCUAUGGUAGCAUAAACUAUAAUUUCGAACAUUACGUGUUGAGUUUUUUAAAGCUCAAAUUUUUAUGUAUUGAGUAACUCGCCAUUACAUCUCAAACAUUUUUUACUUAGAUCGAUGAGGAAGGUAUAUGCAGAAAAUCGAAGGGUAUAUACUCGUCCACAUGGAAUCGAACCAUAACCAUAUGCUGUGCCAUCUAAUUUUUUAAAACUAAAACCGACUGGUUGGAAUACUGCAUCUGUCUCUUGCUGCGGCUUUGAUUUACCUCCGACUCUUGACUUAUCAUAAUCCACGUUAGCUGAAGCUUCCUAUUUAGUAUCAGGGACGAGUCUAUUGAAUGUGUCAGUAUUUCAGUUGAUAACGCUCAGUCAACACUACAAAUUAGAAAUCAUGAAAUUAGGUACUCCAUAGUCAUUAUAUUGAUCGAUUCCGAUAAUUUUUUCAAUGCUCCUUUAGUUAUACUCUACAGUAAAUUGUUAACAGAUAAGUUAAUACACCGAUGAAUAACUAUUAAAUGUAGUUAUUUAUCUACCGUGUUUCAUCCAUCCUUUUUUGCUAGAUUAUGUUUUUCGAUAUUCUGAAUAAUUUUGCUUGAAAUAACUCGUUACAAUCCUUUUUCGUUGUGGUUAUUUUUUAGUAAGGAAUGGCCCCAAGAACUUUUCGGUGGUCAAAACGAGAUUGCUUAUCACCUGAAACCGAAACAAUUAAUUUGGUCGCCCUUGUAUUCGAAGAUUCUGAAUUAUUUGAAGCGGAAGCAGCUGAAUUAAGUGUUGACGAGUCAGACGACUCUUUUUCUCUACUUAUUCGUAAUGACAGUUUAUUCGGUGAAAUCUGUUCAGAGGAAUACAGUACAUUACCUAGAAGCUAUCAUUCAAAUUUAUCUGCGCAUAGUUUGGCGACAACUUCAAUUGUAACGCCAACUCAUCAUGCACAAACAAUAGAAUUUAAUUUAAUUUCUACCUCACCAUUUGAGUCACCUGGAUCAAAUUCUAAUGAUCAUAAAUCACAUUCCUCUUCAAGUUUCAUUGAUAUUGGUCGAAUUCAUGGUUUUCUUUCCACGUUGCCUGUUCAUGUCUUGAAUAUCAGUACCACUUUACCUUGUUCACCUUCUUCGUGGCCGUGGCAUUUACUUGCUUACACUGAUUUUCCAGAUUUUGUGCAUGCUAUUACUUCUGAUUUAAACUGUUUCCGGAAUUUAUUCAAUGGAAAUACGAGUAAACAUUCAAAUUUUAUUGAUGUUAUCCCAUGUGAUUCAGCGUUUGACUUGACAACUUGUAAUUUAACAUGUUGUCAAGCUGAAGUUGAACUAGUUCAAUGUGAUGAUACAUUCAUCCAAACUAAUUAUCAAAUGAGAUGUUUCAAUCCAUCAACCUCAACAACGACAAAUGUAAAAGACAGUGCAAUAAUUAUUCAUAAAUGUCUUCAAGCUAGUCAAAAGUUAGUCCCAGUUUUGUUUGCUGGAGACCAACUUAAAAUCGGUGAUGGAAUAAAUAUUGUCUUAUUCCCUUUAUCCGGUCUACAUCCAAAUCUCUUAAAUGAUAGUCAAUUGUGCCAUGCCACCUUUACAGCUGUAUACUUACUCCUCAUUAAUGAUGAUUCCAAACCUGAAAUUUAUACCAAUGUGGAUGUAUCAGUAUCUAAUACAAGUACCAAUCACGUACAAAACAUUGAAGUGUCUUAUGAUCGUGGCCUUCUGGAGGAUACUUUUUCUGAUAAAAAUGACCAGCUAAACAAUACACCUGUCGUUCUUGCACUUCUAGUUCAAAUUUUACCAUCAAAUAAGCUUACUUGUCCGAUCACAGUUAACCAUAAGUUAUAUCCAUUUUCUAUGGCAUCUGAUUCAAAGUUAUUUAAUGGCCAAAAGUUUACCGUUCUUUUGGCUGUGGUCGAUUUGUUAGUUAGUAAGGAUGGUAAUGAUGAAUUUCAGUUACACAGUGUCUUGCAUCAACGUUUAACUUAUUUAUCCGACUUCAAAUUUGAACUUUUUUUCCACAACCAAGCAUAG